AUGAUCAAAGAACAGGAAGAAAAGCGAGCUGAUUCGUCAGAAACCAGAGAUGGAACGGUGAAACUUCGGAAUCCACACAUUGAACUUUUUGAUCAGGAUAUUCUGUAUCAUAUAGCUUUAGGAAGCAAAUCUCAUGAUUUGGUGGAAAUGUUUGGGGAUGUUAAAUUUGUUUGUAUGGGUGGUACCCCAAAACGUAUGGAAACCUCUGCACAUUACAUCAUGGAGGAAAUUGGCUACAAAAUACCCACCGGUACCACUCUAAUGGAUAUCAGUCAGCACUCCUAUAGGUAUAGCAUAUAUAAAGUUGGACCUGUUAUAUCUGUUAGUCACGGCAUUGGAUCAUCCUCUAUUGGAGUUCUUCUACAUGAAAUGAUUAAACUGAUGUAUCACGCGAAAGCGGAAGACCCGAUUUUCUUUAGAAUAGGUACUUGUGGUGGUUUGGGCUUGGAGCCUGGUACCGUUGUUAUUUCUGAUGACGCCAUGAAUGGAUUGGGUAAUCAUUAUUAUUCUCUGCCAAUUUUAGGAAAAGUCCUCAAAAGACCAGUGAAGCUGGACAAAAAACUGGUGAGGGAAUUGAAAGCUUUGGUAGCCCAGGACGAUCCUUAUGACACUACAACUGGAACCACCAUGUGUGCAGAAGAUUUCUAUGAAGGUCAAGGAAGGAUCGAUGGUGCGUUUUGCGAUUACACCGAAGUAGAAAAACAAGAGUACUUGAAAAGUUUAGUCACGCAAGGAGUGAAAAAUAUCGAAAUGGAAUCGGUGCCUUUUUCUGCUCUCACCCACCAGGCCGGCAUCAAAGCGGCAAUUGUUUGUGUGACAAUAUUGAAUCGACUCAAAGGAGAUCAGAUUGCAGUUCCGAAAGAAGUGAUUACUCAGUACCAGCAACGUCUCCAAAUCCUUGCUACAAGAUACAUCAAAAAGUACCUUCAAACAAAGGACAGUUCGUGCUUGUUGAAAGGUUCCUUUGCAGUGGAAAGUCCCUGAAGGUUCAAGC